ACCUAACCUAACCUAACCUAACCUAAAAGCCUUAUUUUAAUAUUAUUGACUGCGAUAACUGGGCAAUAGGUGUCUAAUUAUCAGAAAAACUGCUUCAAUCACAGAAUAAAACUUUAUUUAGUUGUUAUAUUCAUUUAAUUCUUAACACAAUUUGUACAACUAAGAAAAUACAUUAUACACAUAUAACAGGCAAUAAUUGAAUGAGUGUCUAAGACAACUGCAUACAUUUUUCUACCAGGAUGGAGCGAAAACCAUUUAGAAACUUAUGUAAGAGCCAAAAAAAUCGAAGACUUCGUCAAAUGUGUAAUCCAAUAUGUAAUUUAAAAGAAAAAAUUAAUAAAGUACUUCUUGCGAAUUCAUCGGCGGAAGAAAAUUAUAUGAUAAUUGAAACUGAUUACAAAGAUGAACGUCACAUACGUCAAGAUUCAACUAAUGGAAUAAAGAUUGAGCCGGAGAUUAAUCAUGAUCAUGAAAAUGAAUGUAUACAUCAAGUUACACCUAAUAAAAUGGAGACUGAAUCAAAGAUUAUUAACUCUACAUUAAUACAAGAGAGUGAUACAAGGAAACAUAAAUUAUCUGUUAAAAAAGAAUUAAUGCAAUGGGUGUGUCAAUAUAAUAUCAGUCAUCAAGCAACAGGAGCUUUAUUAAAAAUAUUAAAAAAUGUACAAAAUAUUAGCGAACUACAUGAUCUCCCAUUCGAUUCACGAACACUUUUACAUACACCAAAAAAUGUUAUAUUACGUGAUGUAUUGCCAGGUCAAUAUUUGCAUGAUGGUUUAAAGAAUGCCCUAAUUGAUCAAUUGAGAGCUUUAAAUGCAAAUAAAAUAUCUCAUGAUAUUAAAAUAAACAUUAAUAUAGACGGAUUACCACUGGCAAAAAGCUCAAGAAGUCAAUUAUAUCCAAUAUUGGGUCAAAUCUAUCCAAUAGUUGCUGAACCAUUUGUUGUCGGUGCUUAUCACGGAUAUAAUAAGCCAAACUGUCCCAAUAUAUUUUUUCAAGAUUUUAUUAAAGAAUAUAAAACAUUACAUGAAGAAGGUUUCCAGUUUGAUAAUAAUUUACAUUUUAAAGUAACAAUUAGGGCAGUCAUCUGUGAUAUACCGGCUCGAUCUUUUGUAACGUGUAUAAAAGGAUUUAAUGGUUACUUUGGAUGUUCAAAAUGUAUGCAAGAAGGUAAAUACAUCUGCCAUAGAAUGAUAUUUCCUGAUCUCAAUGCAGAAUUAAGAACUGAUGCAAACUUUAUUGAACGUGCAAAUGAUGAUCAUCACACUGCAACAUCUAUCUUUGAAGAAAUAAAAUUAGGAAUGGUCAGUCAAUUUCCAUUAGAUUAUAUGCAUCUCGUUUGUCUUGGUGUCAUAAAAAAAUGCUACUAAUUUUUAUCAGAGGAAAUUUAAAGCCUGUCAAAUUUAGUGCGAAUAUUAUAAAAGAAAUAUCUACAAAUUUAAAUCUAAUUUCAAAAUGGAUUCCAUCAGAAUUUCAACGAAAAAUUCGUAGCUUGGACGAAAUUGAUCGAUGGAAAGCUACCGAGUUACGGCUAUUUUUAUUAUAUAUAGGUCCCGUUGUAUUACAAAAUUAUUUGUCUGAUAAGUAUAUGAUACAUUUUAACGUAUUGCAUUGUGCAAUUAGAAUUUUAUGCCAUGAAACUGAUUGUAUCACUAAUAACGAGUAUGCUAAAGAUUUAUUAAUUUACUUUGUAAAAACAUCCAAACAGUUAUAUGGAAAAGAAUUCAUGAUUUAUAAUGUUCACAACUUAAUACAUUUAUCUAAUGAUGUUACAAAAUUUGGCCACUUACAAGGGAACGGACAGAACUGUCCCUCACCGAUUUUAAUAAGCUUCGGAUAUGUUGU